AUGAAUUCCGGUUUCGUUGUGAAUUCAAAAAUGCAUUAUAAAUGCCGAAAUAUAGAAAAGCCGUAUCUGCGUAGCGAUGUCUAUCGCGUAGAAGUACCAGAUGAUAAAGUGAAAUGGGAAGUUGUUUGGCCAGAAUAUACACCACAAGACUUCACCAGCUUGGCAGCAACUAAUAAACCCUGGGCAGAUUCAAAUGAUUUCAAAAAUUGGAAAUUCAAGUGGAACGAUAUCGAUGGAUUAAUCAAUCGACGUUCCUAUAUGGGGAAAUACAGUUUGGACAAAACUGGGCGACCACUUAACCCGGUAGGACGAACCGGAUUACGAGGACGUGGAGUUCUGGGAAAAUGGGGACCGAACCAUGCAGCAGAUCCAAUUGUAAGUCGAAUCCAUCACGGACAAUUACAGUUUGUUGGGAUUGCCCGACGAGAUUCCGGUGAAUGGGCCAUUCCUGGGGGUAUGGUGGAUGCUGGUGAGGAUGUGCAAGAAACUUUGAAAAGAGAAUUUACGGAAGAGGCACUGGAGGGCAAAAAGUAUCCAGAAUUGGAUAUACUUUGGCGUAAAGGUGUAGAGCUGUACCGUGGUUAUGUGGAUGAUCCACGGAAUACGGAUAAUGCAUGGAUGGAAACAGUUGUAGUUAAUUUUCACGAUAACGACAACUAUGUAAACAAUGACAUGCUCAGAGCAGGGGAUGAUGCAAUUAAAUUGCGGUGGAUUACCGUUUCAGUGGGUGAGAAAUUGUACGCAUCUCAUGAAGACUUCAUCAAAUUACUUGCUCAGCAUCAUGGCAUAUAA